AUGCUGCCUACUCAAGCAGUCUUUGCUCACUUCUGUCAUUCCAUUUCCAAGGCUGCUUGCCACUUGCCGACUCAACCGUCAUCUUUAAGACACACUCUCACCACCAUAGUUGACCAGAGACUGACUGGGAAGAAGUCUUACUGGUUACCCUCGACGAGGGUACCAUUCAUCUUUGCUUAUUCUUUAUUCUCGAUCCAAUUGACACAUUUCUGCCAUUUGCAUAUCAAGUCUGUGCUUUGGCGGAUACGAAUCCGGCUUUUGUCGUCAAGACCAGUCUCCUCUUUUCGCCUGAUUACUUAUGCCGAUAAUAGCUGCAUCUCAGACCUGAUGAGCGCUCUUGCCAACUGCUCGGAGCCACUGGGUGCAUACAGCAACCUUGCGCCCCACCGAAUUGCGGUAGAGGCCGCAUGUGCUGGUACGACUAUCAUGUCGUGUCCCUGUAGACAGGCCGGAUUGUAA